GCCCCGCCGGGCCUGCCCCGUGCAGUCCCGGUCCCUGCGCCGCAGCCGCCUGCCCGCCUGCUCCUUGCCCGGCCCGGGAUGACGGCGGCCCAGGCCGCGGGUGAGGAGGCCCCCCCAGGCGUGUGUUCCGUCAAGGUGGUCCUGGUGGGCGACGGCGGCUGCGGGAAGACGUCGCUGCUGACCGUCUUCGCCGAUGGGGCCUUUCCCGAGAGCUACACCCCCACGGUGUUUGAGCGGCACCUGAUUGACGUGCAAGUGAAAGGCAAACCUGUGCACCUCCACAUCUGGGACACAGCAGGGCAAGAUGACUACGACCGCCUUCGGCCCCUGUUCUACCCUGACGCCAGCGUCCUGCUGCUCUGCUUCGAUGUCACCAGCCCGAACAGCUUUGACAACGUCUCUGCCCGGAUGCUGGCUGUGAGGAUUACCGAUAUCAGAGUCCAGGCUGGGGAGCGGGAGCGUGGCCCGCUGAGAGGGCCGGAACUCUCCGGGGCUCACACACGCCCCCUCGCCCCCUUGCAGUGGUACCCAGAAGUGAAUCAUUUCUGCAAGAAAGUGCCCAUCAUCGUCGUGGGCUGCAAGACUGACCUGCGCAAGGACAAAUCACUGGUGAACAAGCUCCGAAGAAAUGGGCUGGAGCCUGUGACCUACCACAGGGGCCAGGAGAUGGCGAGGUCCGUGGGCGCCGUGGCCUACCUUGAGUGCUCGGCUCGGCUCCAUGACAACGUCCACGCUGUCUUCCAGGAGGCGGCCAAGGUGGCUCUCAGCAGCCGCAGUCGCAACUUCUGGCGGCAGAUUACCCAGGGCUUUUGCGUGGUGACCUGAGUGGCACCUGGCGUCCCAGCGGCAUGGGAAGGGGCUGGGCACUGACCUGCUGCUGAGCUGGCUGGGCUGGACCUGGUCCCCAGGCUGUGACUGGCGAACUGCACUGCAACAGACGGGUGCCAUCAAGGCAAGGCCUUGGGAGUCCUGGCCUGAGAAAGGGGGUUCCUGGGCCCACCUGCCCUGUGGAGGGCUCGCCCUGUGGUGCCCGGGAAUCACUCACUGACCCGGGUAUCAGCUCCGGAUCGACAUCCUGGAGCUGCCCGUGCAGGCUGAUGCCCCCUCAUGGCUGCUCCCAGGGCUGCAUCUGCCAGGACCUAGUGUUCUUAAGGACCCUCCUACCAGAACCCACACCUGGCCCCUUCCCACCUGUCAUGCUGGUAACUGUAACAACGAAAUUGACAUCACUU